AUGCGAUGUCGCUACCAUGACAUCAACAUCGCACUCUCAAGGAUGGUGACGUUUCUGGACGCCUCGUCCUCGGGCCCUUCACAGAUCUCUGUCACAUCUUUUCCGUCCCAAGAGGUGACCGUCCGAAAAGCUCAAACCAACGUUGAGCCCCUUCCCUCUGGCUCUGGUAGCAUCUUGUAUCAGCAAGCUGCGAAUGAUAUUGGAGGCGUAGAUGUCGCUGUUCCGGACUUCGGUGUGUCCAAGAUGGCGCUUGUAGUCGUCGGCGAACUUCUGCACGUCAGCGGCCAGGUUGAGGCAUAG